UGACUCAACGACGGACGAGAUCGUCUCGUGGAGCCCUAACAAGAAAAGCUUCGUGGUGUGGAACCCUCCCGAGUUUGCCCGCCUCCUCCUUCCCACCUACUUCAAGCACAACAACUUCUCCAGCUUCAUCAGGCAGCUCAACACCUACGUGAUCAUUCAGUCAUGGCUUCACAGGUUCAGAGUAGUGGCGAACAAGGAGGAGAUCGUGGUAAUCGGGGCAAACGCCCCAAGUGUAACUACUAUCACAAGUGGGGGCAUACUAAGGAAUAGUGUUAUAAGUUGCAUGGCCGCCCUCCUUGUGUUAAUGUUGCUCAUGCUGAUGGUUCUCGAUCUGAGUCCUUUUAUGAUCAUCCACCACAAUCUGUCCUUCUCACUAGGGCUGACUAUGAUAAGUAUCUUAAGUAUAAGACGUCCCAGCAAACCUCAUCCACAAUUGCUUCUGUUGCCCACACUAGUGAUUUCACUGCCUUUCUAUCUCAGUCAUCUUCUUUGGGACCAUGGGUCCUAGACUCAGGUGCUUCUAACCACAUCUCUGGAUCGCGGUACGAGACAGAUGAUUGGCGUCGGAUGUGAGUUGCAGGGUCUCUAUCAUCUCAACCUUCCUGCAUCGCCUGCUGCUUGCUCGGUGACUGAGUCUCUUGCUCUUCUCCACAAUCGUUUGGGACAUUCUAGUUUGGCUAAGUUUCAGAAGAUGGUCCCCAGUUUAUCUAGUUUGUCGUCUUUUCAUUGUGAGUCUUGUCAACUUGGAAAACAGUCUCGCACUUCUUUUCCAAAGCGUGUCAAUAAUCGGGCUGUGUCCCCGUUUGCUUUAGUUCAUUCCGAUGUCUGGGGUCCUAGUCGUGUCGUGUCUGUUUUGGGUUUUCAAUAUUUUAUAACGUUUAUCGACGAUUAUUCUCGUUGCACAUGGUUAUAUUUAAUGAAAAAUCGUUCUGAGUUAUUCUCAAUUUUUGAAACCUUUUGUGCUGAAAUCAAAACACAAUUUGAUACAUCUGUCCAAGUAUUGCGCAGUGACAAUGCCCCUGAGUAUUUUUCUCUUCCCUUUAUUACCUUUAUAUCUUCUCAAGGGAUCUUGCAUCAAUCGUCUUGUGCAUAUACACCACAGCAGAAUGAGGUUGUUGAGCGUAAAAACAGACAUUUGAUUGAAACUGCUCGCACUCUUCUUCUACAUCAUCAUGUCCCCUUUCGCUUUUGGGCUGAAGCUGUCCUUGCUGCUCGCUCACUAUAUGGGUUGAAGAAGUCUCCUCAAGCCUGGUUUGGUCGUUUCAGUGCUGUCAUUCAAGAGUUUGGUAUGACUCGUAGUGAGUCUGAUCAUUCGGUUUUUUAUAAACACACAUCACAAGGGAGGUGUAUAUACUUGGUUGUCUAUGUGGAUGAUAUUGUUAUUACAGGUGAUGAUCAGGAUGGUAUUAUUCAGUUGAAGAAACAUCUUUUUCAUCAUUUUCAGACUAAGGACUUGGGGUUACUUAAAUACUUUCUUGGCAUAGAAGUUGUUCAGUCCAGUUCUGGUAUUGUUAUCUCUCAACGAAAGUAUGUGUUAGACAUUCUAGAAAAAACUUGGAUGCUUGAUUAUAAACCUAUAGAUUCUCCUAUGAACCUUAAUGUAAAGCUCUUACCAAGACAAGGGGAGGCUGUUGUUGAUCCUGGAAGAUACCGCAGGCUAGUCGGAAAACUUAAUUAUCUCACUAUCACUCGCCCAGAUAUUUCUUUCUCAGUCAGUGAUGUCAGUCAGUUUUUACAGUCUCCUUGCGAUAGCCACUGGGAUGCAGUAGUCCAGAUUCUCAAGUAUAUUAAGGGAGCUCCAGGUAAAGGACUAUUGUAUGAGGACAAAUGUCAUACUCAAGUAGUCGGAUAUUCUAAUGCUGAUUAGGCAGGUUUUCCUUCUGAUUGACGGUCUACAUCAGGAUAUUGUGUUCUGGUUGGAGGAAACCUAGUAUCUUAGAAAAGUAAGAAGCAAGAGGUUGUUGCUAGGUCGAGUGUAGAAGCAAAAAAUUGUGCUAUGGCCUUGGCAACGUGUGAAUUUAUCUGGUUAAAACAAUUGUUUCAGGAGCUCAAGUUUGGAGAGAUAUCACAGAUGAAAUUAAUUUGCGACAAUCAAGUUGCAUUACAUAUUGCUUCCAAUCCAGUCUUUCAUGAGAGGACCAAACAUAUCGAGAUAGAUUGUCACUUCAUCCGAGAGAAGAUUUUAUCUGGCUGUAUUACCACAGAUUUUGUCAAUUCCAAUGACCAGUUAGCAGAGAUAUCUUCACUAAGUCUCUUAGGAGUCCUCGAAUUGAGCAUAUUUGUAGCAAGCUUGAGAGGGAAUGUUGAGCAUAUGAUACAUAUGCUCUAGCUUGAGAGGGAAUGUUGAGUUAUAUGGUUAUAGUCUAGGGGUUAUCCUAUGUUAGAGCCCAUGACCCAGGCUCAUUGUAUUUGUAUAUAUAUAUAGGUGUAUAGUCUAUGAAUUUAAUUAAGUGAAAUAUACAUAUUAAAAGCUAGGUUUUCUUCCUAAGUUUCACAGAUAUAAGUGAAAAUAAGUGGAAAGAUGACCCUGACUUGCUUGGGAGUGAACCAAACAUCAAACUGGAUCAAGUUUGGAAUAAUUUAGCGCUCUUGAUGUUAUAAUUUUGGUGCAACAUGAAGCUACCAACUUGUGUGAUUAAAAGGUCAAAAUGUAAACUUUAAUGAUUAUGUUAACAUCAAUUUAGUUGUAAUGUGUGCCAUUUAAGGUAAGAGUGCUGUUAGAUGAAUCUCUUUAUCUGAUAUUUGAUAUUACUACUAGAUAAUUUAGUAGGUCAUGAUCUUGUAAGGUUAGGUGCUAAAUAAAUUUGGGUUUUAGUUGUUACUUGUUGCUAUUUCUUAUUGGAUUUAGUAAGUAGGUGUUAGAUCCGAGAUCUAACAGGGAAGUUCUCAAUUAUUUAGAAGAUAAUUAGGUGGGAAAAUGAGGGGGAAAAAGGAAGGGAGUUUGAGAAUUGGGGAAGGAAGAAUCGAGGGAGAGGAAGAGAGAACCAGAGGAGGGAAAUGAGAUCACUCAAAUUGUAUUCGAUGAUUUCAAAUCGGCUGCGUCAACUCUUAUAUAUUGAUUCUUGUUGGUCCUUUAGGGUAUGGCCACUCAAGAGGGGGUGAAUUUAGUGAUUAAAAUUUUUCACAAUUUUAAUAAAUAUUCUUAAUUAAUGAUUUUAUUUAAGAAUAUUGUGAGAAUCCCAUAUCACCUCAAUAAAAGAGACUUGAGCUAUAUAUAAGGAGAAUGAUCCCUCCAACUAUUAAGCUGGCUUUUCAAGUUGGAGUUCUACUUCUAACUUCUCACAUGGUAUCAGAGCCAACCCUUGGUAGGGGGACUACCCUCGGUUGUGGUAAUGGACUAGUACCCUGCCUGAUUACCUGGGCAUGUAUCAGUUACUGAAGAAGCUUCGGCGGGGGGGGGGAGUGUGAGAAUCCCACAUCGCCUCAACAAGGGAGACCUGGGCUAUAUAGAAGGACGAGGAUCCCUCCACCUAUUAAGCUGGCUUUUCAGGUUGGAGUUCUACCUCUAACUUCUCACAAAUAUAUAUUUGAUAAAUAUAAUAAAUGAUGCUUGAGAUUAAUAAUAAAUGCAAGCCACAAAAUAUAACAAAAAUAAAUUAAAUAAGAUAAUAGGCAAUUUUAAGUGGUUCGGUGUCUCUACAUACACUUAGUCCACUCUUCAAGAUCUAACCACCCUUGGGAUUUUACUAAAUCAAUUUUACCAAGAUUUUCACACUAGCUCACCUUGAAAAUUAAAUACACACCUAGAUUACAACGGGUUCUAGCCAACCACUACACCAAGACUUCUGCCUUAACUUACCUUGAAAAUUAAAUUCACCUAAAUUUUAACGGUUCUAGAAAACCUAUAUAAUUCACAAUGAUAUUUUAAAUGUUUACAAAUAAUUGUCCACACUUGGACAAAAAUAAAUAAGCAAUUAAGAAUAAAUUAUAGAAGACAAUAAUAUUUAAAUACUACAAUAACAACAUAUCCAGCCUUUAUCCCACUAUGUGGCGUCGACUACAUGAAUUCUAGACUUCCAUGUAUUUCUGUCUUUUGUCAUAUCUCCAUUUAGGCUCAUACACUUCAUAUCAAACUUUAAUGUCUCUCUCAAAGUCUUUUUGGGUCUGCCUCGACCUCUUUUUUUGACAAAUUGUUUCAUUUCAUCAACUCUCAUCACAGGAGCGUCUCUUAGUCUCCUUCUCACAUGACCAAACUAUCUUAGUCUAGUCUCUCUCAUCUUCUCCUCAAUUGACACUACUUUUACUUUAUUACGAAUAACAUCAUUUCUAAUUUUAUCUUUUCUUGUAUGGCCGCACAUCCAUCUUAGCAUUCUCAUCUCCGCUAGGCUCGUCUUUUGUUCAUGCUAGUAUUUAACUGUCCAACAUUCUAAAGCAUAUAACAAGAUUGAUCUUAUAGCUGUCGUAUAGAAUUUUCCUUUCAAUUUAAAUGGGAUUUUACCAUCACAUAACACCCCCGGAUUCAUUUCUCUAUUUUAGCCAACCUACCUUAAUUCUAUGCGUGACAUCCUCAUGAAUUUCUCCAUCUUUUUGAAUAAAUAAAUUGGUGACAUCCUCAUAAGACAAUAAUAUUUAAAUAAAUAAAUAAAUUGGUGACCUCAGAUUUGAUGGAGAAAUUCAGAGUGGAUUUGAAAUUUUUUUUGUCCUCUUGCCUUAUAGCUCUUCGGUUGUUGUGGAAUAACGCUUCGAGAGCCUUGAAUUGCUUGGAUUUUAGUUUGAGAGCGUUUGAGAUCUUUUGGAUGCUUUAGAUAUGCAAUAUGUGCAAAGAAUAAUAAAAAAAAUGAGUUCGGGGAUAUUUAUAAGCGUUUGGGACACUAUUUCAAACGAUUAUUUUUUUUACCGUUAAGCCAAGGGCUGACCUUCAAAGGGAGAAGGGUUGACCUUUGUUGGAAUUUGCAUCGAUCAAAAAUUCGAUCGUUGGGCCGAGGGUCGACCUUUGCUUCAUGGAGGGCCGACCUUUGCUUGCCUUUGCUUGAAAAGUUGACUUUCGAAAGCCCGAGGGUUGACUUUCCUAUAGUGCACUGCAGCGAAGGGCCGACCUUCGAAAAUCAAAGGGUCCGCUUUUGCAUUAUAGCAAUAGUAAAUCACUGUAGCAAUGGUUAAAAAAUUAUUUUAUGCAUUAUAAAAUUACUUAAAAAAUAAUUUUUAUGGAAAAUAAAAAAUAAUUUGGUAUUACAAUUAGUAUAUUUGAGAAAAAUAUUCUUUUUGUUAAUCACAAAAAACACUAUAAUUUGUAUAUUGAAAAUAUCAUUUUUGUUAAUUAUCAAAAUUUAAUUAGUAUAAGCAAGUUGGUGUCAAGCCCUUGAAUUGGGGCUUGCAAUUUGGUAGAAUAGAAAGAAAGAGAACAGAAGAUAGAAGAGAGAAUCAAGAGAGAGAGUAAUUGUUUAUUAACUUCCAAGAUACUCUCAAGUGUGUCAUAGGUCCAUGUUUUAUAAGACCUCUAGCUGUCUCAAUAGACUUCUAACUACCCAACAGUUUAACCGUUUAUAGUAUUCUAUUAGCUCCUUUAUUUCCCUAUUAGAUUAUACAUUUUACAAUAUUACAUACUACACUAGGGUCGUGACAAUUCCCACUCCUUCAAAUCAUUCUUGUCCCCAAGAAUAUUAAAGAAGACUGACAGUUCGAGGGAACUACUUCAGUAGAUCUAGGAGAUACUCCCACGUGGUGUUGCCCGGUGAUAAAUGAGACCACUGCACCCUCACUUGAACUAGAGGUAGUUGUCCUUGGUAUUGUACCCGUUUCUCUAACACCGCUUGGGGUUCAAUUAUCUCUUCUUCCUUUUCUACACUAGAUGGUAGAUCCAGUCCAGUAGACACAACUACUCAUUUUGCUCUUUUUAGCAAAGAUACAUGAAAUACAGGAUGUUGGUUCACUCCCUCUGACAGCUGCAACCUAUAUGCCACUCGACCCACCUUGGCCUCAAUUAGAUACGGUCCAAAAUACUUUGGACUUAGUUUAGAGACUGGUAGGGAUGUAUAGGGUUGUUGUAAAAACCUCCUUACCUUAAGGUAGACUCGAUCUCCUACCUCAAAAGUCCUCUCAUUGCGUCGUUUGUCCACUACCUGUUUCAUUCUAUUACGGGCAGUAACUAAUUCCCUUUUUAGGACUUCUAACAGAUGUUGUCUCUGUUGGAAGUACUGCUCCACAUCAACCAUAGUAGGUUGAGAUCCUGAUAGUGCAGGCAGUAAUGGAGGUUUAUAUCCAAACAUAGCUUCGAAGGGACUUCUUUUGAUGGCAUUGUGAUAAGUGGAAUUAUACCACCAUUGUGCUAAUGGUAGCCACUUAUUCCAACUCUUGGGGUGGUUGAAGCACAUACACCUCAUAUAUGUGUCCAAACACUGGUUCACUCGUUCCGUUUGGCCAUCCGUUUGAGGAUGGUAGGUUGUUUACAUUCAUAAUCCCACUCCUAGCUUCUUGAAUAACUCUUGCCAAAAUGAACUUGUGAAAACCUUAUCUCUAUCCGAGAUAAUGGUUUUAGGGAUACCAUGGAAGCUGGCCACUCUGUCUAGAAAUGUUCUAGCCAUUUCUUGGGCCGUAAAUGGAUGAGAUAAGCUAAGGAAAUGCCCAAACUUAGUGAAUCAAUCGACUAUCACCAUAACCACAUCUUUACCUUCCGAUUUAGGGAGUCCUUCUACAAAGUCCAUAGAAAUGUUGUCCUAUGUUUGUUGUGGCAUUGCCAGAGGUUGUAGUAGACCUGGAUAGGGCACCUAUUCAUGUUUACAUUGCUGGCAUACUGUACAUGCCAUUACAAACUUCAAUACUUCCGUUUUCUGUUUUGGCCAAAAGAAUAGUUGCUUUACCUUUUGAUAAGUGGCAUGAAUUCUUGAAUGACCACCUAUUGGAGAACAAUGUAUGGCUUUAAGAAUCUUCUCGGUAGUGUCAUCUCCCACCACUAAUCGUCCUUUGUAUCUCAUCAACCCAUUCGCCAAGGUAUAAUUAGGGACUGUAGUAGGAUUAACUACCAACUGUGCCAAAAUUUCCUUGAGCCACUUUGUUUUUUCAUAGCUUUUUGUCGACUCGGUCAUCCACUCCGACAUUAUAGCUACAAUAGACUAACAAACUGCAUUCUCAUCUCGUCUUGAAAGGGUAUCGACCACUACAUUUUUCUUACCCCUUCUGUACUAAAUAGUAAAAUCCAGUCCCGUGAGUUUUGAAACUCCCUUUCACUGGAGAUACGUGUGCAACUUCUGUUGAACUAAAAACUGCAAGCUCUCAUGGUCCGUUUUGAUCACAAAUGGACUCCUUUCUAAGUAAUGACGCCACUUAUCAAUAGCUCUUAAUACCACCAAGAGUUCUUUGUCAUAAACACUUAAGCCUAAGUGUUUUUGAGAAAGGGCUUGGCUUAUAAAGGCCAAGGGCUGCCCUUGCUGUACCAACACAGCCCCAAUUCCCGAGUCACACGCAUCAGUCUCCACUGUAAAAGGCUUGGAAAAAUCUGGCAAAGCAAGGACCGGGGCCAUAGACAUGGCCUUCUUGAGGGAAAUGAAAGUUGCUUCGGCCCUUGGAUUCCACUGAAAGCCUCCCUUCUUGAGCAACUCAGUAAGUGGUUUGCUGAUCAUUCCGUAGUGCUGAACAAAUUUUCGGUAAUAACCAGUCAAGCCCAAAAAUCCUCUCAACUCCUUUACUGUUUUAGGUCUAGGCCACUCGCACAUAGCUUUCACUUUCUUAGGAUCUAUCCUCACCCCUUCACCACAGAUAAUAUGGCCCAAAUACUCAACUUCCUUGGCAGCAAAAGUACAUUUGGAAAGCUUAACAAACAAUUGGUGAGAUUUAAGGAUCUCAAAUGUGGUCCGAAAGUGUGAUAGGUGCUGGUUAAAGGUGGAACUAUAAACGAGGAUGUCUUAAAAAAAAAAAAAAAUAGGAUGAACUUCCUCAAAUGAGGUAAAAAAAUCUAGUUCAUCAAUGCUUCAAAGGUGGCAGGGGCGUUGGUUAAGCCAAAUGGCAUAACAAUGAAUUCGUAGACACCUUGAUGAGUUCUAAAAGCUGUUUUAGGUAUGUCGGAUAGUGCCAUUCAAAUUUGGUGGUAACCAGACCUAAGGUCCAGCUUAUAGAAUAUUUUUGCACCAAACAACUCAUCCAAUAAGUCAUCAAUCAAAGGUAUGGGAAACUUGUUCUUUAUUUUAUUAGAAUUGAGUUGUCUAUAGUCUAUGCAAAACCUCCAAGCUUCAUCCUUCUUUUUGACAAGGAAAACUGGAAAAGCAUAGGGGCUUUGACUUGACUGGAUGAUGGCUGAGUCUAUCAUGGUUUUUACUUGUUUCUCAAUUUAUGUUUUUUGGAUAGGGGGAUACCUGUAUGGCCGAAUGUUAGUAGGAGCAGAGUUAGGUUUGAGGUGGAUUGCAUGGUCCAAGGGUCUUUGGGGAGACAAGGAAUUUAGUUCUGCAAAUAAAUCCUUAAACUCUACCAAAAUUGAAUGUAAGCUAUCCGAAUUUUGUAUCUUCUUUGCGAUUUGUACCUCCAGCAAGUUUGUCGGUGGGGCUCCUUCCUUGGGCUAGUUAUCAUCUUUUGAUUCUAUAGCUCUUAUAGAAUAGAGCUAUGCUAUUUGCCCCCAUUUCUUCCUCAUCAUCUUCUGCAACCUUUUCCCAUUAAGUCCUUGAAUUUCUACUGUGACUUCCAAUUUAUUGAAGUCAAAAGUGAGGGGACUCACUGUCCUCAUCCAAUCCACACCAAGAACAAUGUCACACCCUCCCAAUUCCAGAAUUUUGAGAUCUGCCACAAAUUCCUGCCCUUGCAUAAUCCAUGUGAAUCCCACGCAUUUGUAGUGACUGAACAUUCGACUGCCAUUGGCUACAGUGACAAACAAGAGAGUCGUGGUAGUCAAAUACCACUUUAGGUUUGUAGCAGUUGCUUCGCUAAGGAAGCUAUAGGUGCUUCCACUAUCGAUCAGCACCAUUAGCUUUCUUUUUCCCACCUGACCCCUUACUUUGAUUAUCUGUCCCAUUGGGGGCUACCUUUUAACGCAUGAAAGGAAAUCUCCCCUCCUUCCCCCCUCUGCACUUCUUCUUCAUCUUCUUGCAAUGCUUCUCCUUCUACUUCCUCUUUUAUUUCUUCCUCUUCACUCAUGCCCUCUAUCUUCAUCAGUUGUCUUUUACACUAAUGACUCAACCUGUAUUUGUCGCAACAUUUGAAGCACAACCCCAAUUGCCUCCUUUGUUCCAUCAAACUGCCUUUCCCUCCAUUAUUGUUUACUACUGGCUUAGCCGUUGAUUGAUUAGGCCAUGUUAUUAAUGGACUAAAGCUUCCUCCCCCAUACUAUCUGACUAGUAUACUUGGCUUGUAAGGAACUUUAUGUUUCUUGAAAAUGGCCUCCAAGGUUAUUUCUUGAAGCCUCGCCCUUUCUGCCGCUUGACUCACUGUUGUUGGAGUCAUCAUCUUUACCAUGGGUCGUAGCUCCUCCUUCAACCCACUCACGAAAAUUGAUACUACAUACUAAUCGGUAAGUCCAGGUUGAAUCAUACAUACCAAGGGUCUCAAUUCUUCGAAACAGGCAAGGUAUUCCAUUACAGUACCUUCUUGCUUCAAUUUACUAAAUUCUUCAACCACAUUCGUUAUUUCUUCUCUCCAAAAUGUUCGCAAAGGCCAUCCGCGAAAGCUCUCCACCCCCCUUGCAGCCCUCCAUCUUGGACCCACCUUUGGUACCAAGAAUCUGCUACUUCAUUCAACUAGGUUGCCGCUAGAGUUACUUUUUGAUUUUCCCUUGUCUGAUAGAGCUAGAAGAAUUGUUUGCACCGCCUUAGCUACGACCUUGGACUCUUUCCCUCGAACAAUGGUAUUUCCAACGUUGGCAUAGGUGCAUGGUCAUGCGUCAUUGGUUGCCUGGUUUUUCUCGCGUUUUCUCGAAGUAGAUGUUGCUAUGCCUCUUCCAUGGCUACUUUCGUGCCCGAUUGAUCGCCGCGAUGCAGCAAGAUUGGUGCCGAUGUCUAUCUUGGUGGGAAUUCUGGUGAUAACCAAAACUGGGGCAGAGAGGCCAACAUAUUUAACAUAUUGUUGAUCCUUUACCCUUGUUGUUCCACAGUUUCUCAACACUUUUGGACUGAUUCUUGGCAUAUUUCCACCGUUUCUUGUUGCUUUUCCGCAACCGCUUGCAUGAGCUCCCUCCAUUCCAUCAAUUCUUCCCUCGUUUGGCGUAGUACCUCCUGGGUGUUAUUCAUGCCAAAUUCUAUGGUUUCCAAUUUGACCUCCAGUUGUUUCAGGCGCAUUCCUUCGUCCAUUGCUUCGCAAUCCUCAACCAUAUUGGGCCCUGUUUGUUCCUUCCACUACUGUCACUACUACCCAUCGUCGAACUAACCGGCUCUGAUACCACUUUGUUAAGCCCUUGAAUUAGGGCUUGCAAUUUGGUAGAAUAAGACGUAAGAACUGAUAGAAAGAAAGAGAAUAAAAGAUAGAAGAGAGAAUCAAGAGAGAGUAAUUGUUUAUCAACUUCCAAGAUACUCUCGUGUGCCAUAGGUCCAUGUUUUAUAGGACCUCUAGUUGUCUCAACAGACUUCUAACUACCCAACGGUUUAACCGUUUACAACAUUCUAUUAGCUCCUUUAUUUCCCCAUUAGGCCUUACAUUUUAUAAUAUUACAUACUACUCCAAGUCAUGACAAUUGGCUCAAUAUUCUCUCCAUUUUUUAUGAUGACAAAAAAAUGAUUUUUGAGAUAAUUAAUUUGAUAAAAUAUUUUUGAACUACUCCUUAAUUUUAUACUAUAAACUCCCUCUUUCAAAAAUACUAAUAGUAUAAAUAAAAAUGUUUUGGAUAUAACUUAAUAGAUAAAAUAUUUUUCAAGAGUUUUAAGAACCAAACCUGAUUGUCAAAACUGAUUGCCUUAAUUACACCUGAUUGCCUUGAAUGCUUAUCUCUCAGAUCUACAAUUUCCUCACAUACAAGAUCUCUCUCAAUACAUAAAAAUUUCUCAUACAUUCUUCUCCCCCAUACAAAAAUAUACAACUUAGAAAUACAAUCUCACUCUCAUACAUAUAAUUUCUCAUCUCAUAAAAUUUCAUUAUUCUCCUCUUUUUUGUCAUAAUCAAAAAGACAUUGUUAGUGGAGAGAAUAAAGAUGUAAACAAAAUAAUUCGUGAAAGAAAUUGAGCAAGCAUAAUCCAUAUAAUCAAAUAUGAUGGAUGAUGAAUAGAAAAGUACUGAAAAUAUAGAUGUAACGUUAAGUAUUAAAACUAGUACGUCGUACCCAUCAUGGAAAAAAUUACUGCAUGUAAUUAAAUAUGAAAGUAUUUGAAAUUAUGAUGCAAUAAAAUUAUUCGAAAAUAGUAUUUUUUGUAAAAGAAUUUUCGCAUUUAGCUCAUAUUUAUCAUUCAUAUAUAGGAGAACUGUUGAAACUGAUGAGAAGUUGAAAUCACUCACACUUUUUAUUAAAUUCACAAAAGCUUAAAUACAAGAGAUUUGUAACAAAAUCAGCUGUUAAUCCUGAAAACCUGCUACAAAUCCCGUAAUCAGCUAUAGUCUUUCAACAGAAAGCUAAAUUUAAGCAACUAAACUUGACUUGAUAAGCACAUAACAAACUCCUAAAAAAUCUGCAACAGAAGAAAAAAAUAACAACCUCCUAAACUCAUGGGUGACUCAGCAACUAAAGCAUAAUUAUCAACACUCCUCCUUGCUUUGGUGGUUGCACACACCAAGCCUAGUCCUUAGUUUCAAAUCUGUCCCUGGGCAAAGCUUUAGUGAAGAUAUCAGCUAACUGAUCAUUGGUUCUGCAAUAUAGCAGAAUAAUUUCUUCUAGCUUAUGCACUUCUCGAAUGAAAUAAAGUUUAAUAUUGAAAUGUUUUGUCUUUCCAUGAAACACUGGGUUGUUUGAGAUAGAUAUGGCUGCUUGAUUGUCAACAUAAAUCUCUGUCCUCUCCUUUUGUUCCAACUGUAAAUCAACUAGAAGCUUUCUUAACCACAAAGCUUGAUUCACUGCUGAUGUAGCUGCUAUGAACUCAGCUUCAGCGGUAGACUGUGCAACUAUAUCUUGCUUCUUUGAGCACCAUGAGAAAAUCCCUGAGCCAAGUGUGAAACAGUACCCAGAAGUACUUUUCAUGUCAUCCACAGAUCCUCCCCAAUCUGAAUCAGUAUACCCUAGCAGCUUGAGCUCUUGAUUAUGACUGUAUUGAAUUCCAUAAUCUAGAGUUCCCUUGACAUGCCUUAGCACACGCUUUGCAGCCUUGAGAUGAGACUUUUUUGCACAAUGUAGGAACCUGGAUAAAACAUUGACCGCCUGAAUAAUAUCAAGACGUGUUACAGACAAGUACAUUAGGCAGCCUAUCAGACUUCUGUAGCUAUGUUCAUCAGCUUUCUCAGCUCCAUCUUCUUUGCAUAACUUUUCCUUUUGAUUCAUAGGAGUAGCCAUGGGUUUGCAAUCUUCCAACUUAAACUUCCUUAGAAUCUCCUUAGCAUAUUUUUGUUGGCUCACAAAGAUUCCUUGCUGAUCUUGUUUAACCUCCAUUCCAAGGAAGUAGGUCAUCAUUCCAAGGUCUGUCAUCUCAAAAACCUUCCUCAUAUCUUCUUUGAACUCUUCAACAAGCUUGACAUUGCUUCCUGUUACUAAAAGAUCAUCAACAUAUAGGGACACAAUCAAGAUGCCAACAUUCGAACUCUUAGCAUAUAAUGUGGAUUCACUUAGACUUUUAGCAAACCCAAGCUCUUUGAGAUAGUCAUCAAUUCUGUUGUACCAAGCCCUAGGGGCCUGUUUUAAACCAUACAAUGCCCUUUUCAGUAGACAUACUUUAUCCUCCUGCCCCUUCUUUGCAAAGCCUUCUGGUUGUUCAACGAAAAUCUCCUCCUGCGAGUAGCCAUUUAGGAAGGCAGAUUUGACAUCUAAUUGGCAUACCUUCCAUUGUUUCUGAGCUGCCAUGGCCAAAAGCAAUCUAAUGGUGUCUAGCCUUGCAACAGGAGCAAAAGUUUCUGAAAAAUCAACUCCCGGUACUUGUGCAAAGCCUUUAACUACUAACCUGGCCUUAUGUUUAUUGAUGGAGCCAUCUGCAUUCAACUUGGUUCUAAAAACCCACUUCACUCCAAUAACAUUUCUAUUUUGAGGUCUGUCUACCAGCUCCCAUGUUUGAUUUUUCUCUAUCAUUGACAUCUCCUCCUUCAUUGCAGCCUUCCAUUUGGGGUCAUUUUCCGCUUCACUGAAAGUUGCUGGUACUAGUAUUGCAAUACUGCAUCUUUGGUAAAUAUCAAUGAGCAAUCUGGUUCCUCUAACUGUUGGAUCAUCCACAAUUUCAUCCGGAAUUAACUCAGGUAGAAUAGUUUGCUUUGCUUCCUUUUUUUUCCAACACCAUUUCUCAUCCUCAACAAAAUGAACAUCCCUGCUGAUUAGAAUCUUUCCAGUCUCAGGUUGAAAGACUCUAUAUGCCUUUGAUUGUGAGCUAUAGCCAAUGAAAAUACCAGGUUCUGCCUUCUUGUCCAGUUUAUCCCUCUUUGCCUGUGGAAUAUAAGUAAAACAAAGACAACCAAACACCUUAAGAUUCAUAACUUGAGGCUUACUGCCAAACCAAGCCUCAUAUGGUGUUUUUCCUUCUACUACCUUUGUAGGCAGUCUGUUGAGGAGAAAUAUAGCAGUGCUAGCUGCCUCUGCCCAAAAACUUUUAGGAAGAUCCUUCUCAUGAAGGAGGCACCUCACCAUCUCACCAAUAGUUCUGUUUUUCCUUUCACUUACUCCAUUUUGUUGUGGAGAGUAAGGAGCAGUGAAUUGAUGCUCUAUACCAGCCUCUUCUCAAAAUUGAGUAAACUGGUUUGAGAUGUACUCUGUCCCAUUGUCAGAUCGAAUGGCUUUGAUCUUGCAUCCACUUUGAUUCUCAAUCCAAGCCUUGUAUCUCCAAAAAAUACUUGCAACUUCAGACUUAAACCUGAGAAAAUAAAUCCAGCUCAUCCUUGUAAAAUCAUCAAUGAAAGCUAUAUAAUAUCUACUCCCUUUCAGUGAUGGUUCUAUCUUUGGUCCACUCAAAUCAGUGUGAAUGAGCUGCAAUUUUUUUGUUGCCCUCCAAGCCUGUUGUGGAAAUGACAACCUUGUUUGCUUACCAAAUUGGCAAGCUCUACAAUUUGGUAAAUGCUCAACCAAAGGUGGCAAUCCUUGCACCAUUUCUUUUGUCCUCAUCAGCAAUAGUGCUGCUUGAUUGAAAUGUCCCAACCUCUCGUGCCAUAACUCAGUUGUCUGUUCUGAAAUAUUGUAGGCAUCAUGUUCUUCUUUCAUAAGAUCCAAAGAGAAACUUUUGUUCUUCAUCUUUACUCGAAACAGUUCAUUUCCUUCUGCAUCCUUAAUCAAACACAUCCUAUUUUCAAAUAGGACUUUGUAUCCUUUUUCAAGCAGCUGUCCAACACUUAAAAGAUUUUGAUUAAUGUCAGGAACAUAAUAAACAUCAGGUAUAAGCUUGGUACCUGAAUAGGUUUCAAUGGAAACUGUUCAUUUUCCUUUGACUUCAAUACACUCUCCAUUUCCUAUUUUGACUUUAGUGGUAGUUGACUUGCUUAGUUCCUGAAACAGCUCCUCAUCAUUUGUCAUGUGAUUAGUACAACCACUGUCCACCAACCAACUUUCUCCAGAACUGACAGUGGAAAAACAGGUAGCUACAAACAAUUGUUCCUGCUCUUGCUCUUGUUGAUCUGCUACUUGUGCACCUGCCUGCUGCUGUUGAUUUUUGUUCUUGCAGAUCUUAGCAAUAUGACCUAAUUGCUGGCACUUGUGGCACUUCACAUCAGGUCUCCUCCAACACUUAAAAGGAGAAUGACCUUUUUUUCCACAGUGCUGGCAUGGAGGAUAAUUUGAUUUAUCUGCUCCCCCAGGUGUGAUUGAAUUGCAAGGCUAAUCAGCACUUCCUUUCUUCCCCUGCUUCUUCUUGCCCUUGAUUUGCAGUUUGGCCUGUAACGCCCCUUCAAUGGUUCCUUCUUGCCUCAUAAGUCUUCUCUGCUCUUGUGCCUAAAGAGCAUUCAACAAUUCUGUCAAAGAGAUGCUGGACAAAUCCUUUGAGUUCUCCAAAGCAGAAAUUGUUGAUUCAAAACGUUCUGGAAGAGUAACCAGAAUCUUUUGGACUAUUCUAGAGUCAAGAAACUCACCACCAAGUAUCCUUACCUUAUUUACUAUGCAAAGAAGCUUAUCAGAAUAUUCUUUCACAGUUUUUGAGUCUUUCAUUCUUUGCAUCUCAAACUCUCUUAUUAGGUUCAGCAUUUGCAUCCCUUUGAUCUUUUCAUUUCCCUCAUACUCUUUCUUGAGAAAAUCCCAAAUUGCCUUUGCUGACUUGAGAGUCAUAAUCCUGGUAAAGAUAGUUGAUGAAACUGCUGUAAAAAGGCAAGCUUUUCCCUUGGAUUUCUUCUGCUUCUUCUCUUUGUGAUUUCUAAUCUGUGCCAUUGUUGGAUUCUCUGGUAAAGGUGGAACUUCGUAGUCCUCUUCCACUAUUUCCCAAAGAUCAUUGGCUUCCAAGUAGGCUUCCAUCCUCACUGCCCACAUUUGAUAGUUUUCUCCGUCGAACAUAGGAGGUGCCGCAACUGUAAAGGAUGUCUCAGAUUGCAUUUUUUUACACUCACAAGGUCCCUCAAGAUAUGACGGCUCUGAUACCACUGUUGAAACUGAUGAAAAGCUGAAAUCACUCACACUUUUUAUUAAAUUCACAGAAGCUUAAAUACAAGAGAUUUGUAACAAAAUCAGCUGCUAAUCCUGAAAACCUGCUACAAAUCCCGUAAUCAGCUAUAGUCUUUCAACAGAAAGCUAAAUUUAAGCAACUAAACUUGACUUGAUAAGCACAUAACAAACUCCUAAAAAAUCUGCAACAGAAGAAAAAAAUAACAACCUCCUAAACUCAUGGGUGACUCAGCAACUAAAGCAUAAUUAUCAACAAGAACACAUUUAGACAUCUUGGAAUUGUCAAAUAAAGCAUCAAUGGUCAAAAUUGUUCUCUUUUUAAUCUCGAAGUAACGGGUUAUAUUUUUCAAAAUUAGGUGCUAGUUACUUAACAAGUAUGCUCAAUUGGAUUUUACAAAUAAUUAUAUAUAAGCUUCACUCGACUUGACAAAAACAUAUACUUGAUUAAAAAUACAUUGGAAUUUUGAUCCUAAUAAUAUACUAAAAAAUCCUUACUCAAUAGAUUUUAGAAAAGCAUGGAGUUUAAAUUAUUCAUAAAAAAGUCUUAAUAGUCGAUUGAAAACAAUUAGUUAAAACACAUAAUCGACUAUUCUGAAAACCAUACAAGGAAUUACUCGACUGAGUAUUUUGCUUGAUAUGCAAAAAUUCUUUCUUUUAUGUGCCCACUCAAAAAUGAACUCUUCUCAUCCAUUUGAUAUAUCAUAAAAUUAAUGUGAGAGGCAAAAGCUAAAAACAUUCCAAUUGUUUCUAACCUAGUCACGGGAGCAUAUGAUUCUUCAAAAUCAAUUUCUUUCUCUUGGCAAUAAACUUUGGCUACAAACGUUGCUUCAUUUCUUAUUAUGAUCUAAUUUAUUCUUGAAAACCCAUUGUGUUCCAAUUAUAGAUUUAUCUUUUGAUCUUGAAACUAAUUGUCAAACUUCAUUUUUCUUGCAUAGCAUUGAUCCAAAAUUCAUCUUCUAAGGCUUAAUCUAUGCAAGUUGGCUCAGUCAUUAGAUAUGAAGGUCACGUUGUUACAAUAUUAAUGCAAUGAUGCCCUAGUCCUCACACCUUAACCUGGUUCUCCAAUAUUUUGAUCAAUGAUUACAAAUUUAUAAUUUUUGGAAGCUCACCUAAAUCUCAUUAGAUGGAUCUAUUGCUAUCUUAUCUUCAUCUUCAUUAUUUCUCUAUGCCUCAAAAGAUUUAUUAAAUUUAUCAUGAAUUGAUUAUUCCAAAGAGUUUGUCCUUAGGAUUAUUCAUUCUAUAAACCUUACUAGUAUUUGAAUAUCCAAGGAAGAUACCUUGGUCACUUUUAGCAUCAAAUUUUCUUAAGUUAUCUUUAAGUUCAAGUAGAGGUGUCAACGGUUCGGUUCUAUAAGAAUUCAGUAAUCGAACCAUUUUUAAUGGUUUCAAAAAAAUAAGAAUCGUAAUCAAACUAUUAUAUAUAUAAAACCAAACCAUGACCAAUCCGUCACACCGGACUAGUUUCGGUUCGGUUUCGGUUUCGGUUCUAUCCAAUUAACAUUUAACUUCUAAACAUUUUCGUAAAAUAUGAAAUUACAAACAAAUUUGUUAAUUAAAAUAAACUCAUAACUUCAUUAAUGCUUCAAGUCUUAAAGUAAAAGUAGAACAAAAUAAUUCAUAGACUACCUCAUCAAAUGAGAUUACAUCAACCAUUUAGUAUAGCAAUACGCAUAAAGGUCUAGAAAUAAAAAAGUUCAUGAAUCUCGCUAGUUUUCUAGGAAGUGAUACUAUUUAUGCGUAUGUAUAUAUACUCAAAAAAAUAUAAUAUAUAUAAGUAUAAUAUCGGUUCCAAUUCGGUUUGAACCACGAUUUGAAAAAAAAAAAAAAACAGUAACCAAACCAAAUAUAUCGGUUCUUAAUUUUUAGAAUCAGAACUUAAUCAUUGAACUAUAGAACCAAUCCAAAAGGCAUGGUUUGGUCCGGUUUACCAGUUUUUGGAUAUUUUUUGACACCCCUAAGUUCAAGAUAUAGCAUUUAAAUCCAAAGGCUCUAAGAUAGGAUACGUUAGGCUUUUUGUCAUAGUAUAAUUCAAAUGAUGUUUUCUUUAUGCCUUGCCUUAGGUUAAACCUAUUUGGAAUAUAGCAAGUAGUAUUGACCGCUUCGGCCGAAAAAUAAGUAGGCAAGUUAUUCUCCAAAAGUAUGGUCUUGGCCAUCUCUUAAAGAAUCAUAUUUCUCCUUUCAACACCAUUUUGUUGUAGAGUUCUAGAUGUGGAGAAAUGAUGAAGAAUAUUAUUUUCUUCACAAAACUCUAUAAAAUAUCUAUUCUCAAAUUCCCUACCAUGAUCGCUUCUAAUAGCGACAAUACUAUCAUCUUGCUCUCUUUCAACUCUUUUAGCUAGUUUGACAAAAUUUUGAAAUGCUUCAUCCUUUGAGGUUAAAAACAUUACCCAAGUAAUUUUAGAGAAAUCAUCUACUACAACAUAUGCAUAAAAUUUUCCACCCAUGCUUUUAGUUUGAGUGGGUCCAGUGUUAUUAAAGGUGCAAGGCGCACUAAGGUGCACAAGGGUCUUGGAGCCUGAGGCGCAAGGUGAGGCGCGAGCCUGGUGGAACUAGGCGCAAAUUAAUAAAAAAAAAUAAAAAUAUAUAUAGAUAUGUCCUAGUAAAAGAAAAAUGUAUAAAAUAAGUCUUAACUUCUAAUAAUAGUUGCUGGCAGCUGGCUUAAGGGUCAUUGGAGCCAUGCAACUCAUGCUACUAAGAGUUGCUGACCACUAUUCUUUUUAUAGAAUAGUAAUAAACUGUUUGGAGUAAUAAAAUAACUCCUCCAAGAACAAACAAAUAUCCAACAACAAUAAGAAAUCAAUAGUUGCUGGCAGCUAGCUUGUUGCCUUUUUUGUUGAAACUUGUAACUCAAAACUAGAAAAAAAAUAAAGAGAGGAAACAACAAUGAACAUACCUAGAAACCGUUGAAGAAGGGAGAGGAGAGUCGAGAAGGUAGAUGAUGCAGUAGGCUGUAGCUAUGCUGUCCGUUUCAGCUUUGAAGAAGAGAAAGGAGAGUCGAGAAGGGAGAUAAGUUGUGAAGUGAAGCUGUGUUGUCCGUUUGAAGAGAGCAAGAAAAGCCGAGAUGGGUGUUGUCCGUUUGAAGAGGGAGAGGAGAGCCAAGAAGAGUGGUUGUGUAGCCGGUCCUAUCUGUUUGAAUAGGGAGAGGAGAGUCGAGCGAGAAGGGAGGGCUGUGCCGUUGCAGCCGUCCGUUUGAAGAGGGAGAGGAAAGCUGAGAAGGAGGAGGAGUUCUGGUUGUCUUGUUGUUGUGCCGUGACUGCCGUGGAGAGGAUAGUCGAGAAUAGCCAAGAAGGGAGAGGAGAGGACAACUGCAAACUUGACUUUUGAGAUUUCUUCUAUCAUAAGUCUCUUUGAAUUCAGCUUUUCAGAAUAUCUUGCUUUCUUUUAUUUAGGUUUAAUUUGAAUUAAGAUUAUAUUUGAUUAAAUAUAACAAGAAAUACUAAAAUUAAACUACAUUAAACUGAAAUUCAAUUAAAACCAACCAGGCACAGCCUUGGCACACCUAAGCCCAAGGCUGCGCCUGAGGGCCUGGAUGUGCCUAGUCGCGCCUGGGCAGAUGUCGCACGCCUAGUUUGGUUCUAGGCGCCAGGCUUGCGCUUGGUAUCAAGGCGCGCCUAGGCCCGCCUUUAAUAACACUGAGUGGGUCCAAAUAAAUCCAUGUGCAAAAGUUAUAGAGGCUUAUUGGUUGAUAUUUUAUUCUUAAAUUUAAAGGAAGCUCUAAUUUGUUUUCCUUGGCAACAAACAUCACAAGAAAUUUCUUCAUUAAAUUUUAUCUUAGGGAGCCCUAUAACUAAAUCUUUAUUAGCUAUUUUUUUAAUUAAAUCCAAAUUAACAUGACCUAAUCUUCUAUGCCAUAAGAGAAUAUCUUCAUUUUUUACCAUUAGACAUUUUGCGUUAAUUUCCUCAAUAUCAACAAUGUAGACAUUGUAUUGCCUAUUAGCACAAAUAAUAAUAGAGUUGAAGCUAUCAAUAACGAGGCAAUGUCUCUGUCUAAAAACAACUUCAUAACCAUCAUCACAAAAUUGAUUAAUAAUAAGAAGAUGUUUUAAACCAUCUACUAAGAGAACAUUUCUAAUAAUAUUGGAAGUGAGUGGCUAACCGUACCUAUGCCAACCACUUUACCUUUAGUAUUGUCCCCAAACAUGAUAGAUCCUUUAUCUUUGAAAGUGAGAUCUAAGAAUAGAUCUCUCUCACUGGUCAUAUGCCGUGAGCAAUUACUGUCCAUGUACCACUUGUUGUCCAUUAUGGUCCUCACGCAUAUAUGCACAUUUAAAAUAUCAUGUUUUAGGUUUUGGUACCCAUCUAUAGACGAGUCCCUUGAAUCUUUCUUCAUUUGGAUCAAAUGAUUUAAUCAUUCUUAAUGCAUUUGAAUGAGGAGCAACAUUUAAAAUUUGGUGACCUAAAUCAUUCAUCAUUUGUACUACCCCUUUGGGUAUCCAUAAUUGCACUGUAUUAUUCUUCUUAGAUUGGGGUCUCCAUUUAGAUUGUUUCGAUUCUCUCUAAGGUGUUUUAUACCUUGGUUUGGAUUUUGAAUUUUUCUUUGAAAUCAAUGUGGCUAAACUUUUCUCUAUGGCAUUUUUUUCUACUAAUAAUUUAUUAUUUUACGUUUUUAAUAUUUUGUUUUCUUCUUGAAGUUUAAUUAAUUGAUCUUUUAAUUCAUCUUCAUUUUCUUUCUUGAGCACUUGUGAUUUUUCUUCUAAGUUCUUUAUUUUACCCUUUAAUUUUUUAUGAUUUUUCUGGAUGGUUUUUACUUCUUUCUUAAUAGAUUGAGAUUUUAUAUAUAAUUCUUUGUAUGUUUUUUUGUAAUUCUUCUAACUCCAUAUCUCUUCUUCUUCUAUAGCCAUAAAGCACAUAUGUGCUUGUUUAUCUUUGGAUUGGGAUGAAACAUCUGCAUCCCAUGCCGAGAAGGCAUGUUUAUUUGAUUUUUUAAAUCUUUUCUUUUAUACUUCUUCUCUUUCUUAUCCUCCAGGCAAUCAAAUUGCAUGUGUCUACUCUUCUUACAUUUAAAGCAAGUAUGAGACAUUCUCAUAUGCUCAUUUUCUCUCUUUCUCAUUAUUCUAGCAAACGUUUUUGUAAGAAAGGUUGUUUCAUACUCUUCUUUCACUUUACUAGAUUUAGAUUCUUCAUUUGCUUUUAAGACUAGGGUUUUCUUACCUUUAGUAUCUUCAUUAGUCUUAUUUAAUAUUAAUUCAUGAGUUAGAAGUGUUCUUAUUAAUUUUUCCAUUUUUAAUUUUUUCAAAUUCUUAGCUCGGAAAAUUGCAGUCACUAAAGGUUGUUAAUCUAAUGUUAGAGAUCUAAGAAUUUUCUUAAUUUGAUCUUCUUCCAAAAUUAUUUUUUCUAGCAUUUUAAGAUUGUUUAUAAUCUUGUGGAAUCUACCAUUCAUAUCACUAAUAUUUUCAUUUUGAAAUAAUUUAAAUUCUUCAUAUUGGGACAUUAGGAAAUUAAUCUUUGUAUCUUUUACUUGAUCAGUAUCUUCAUAUACUACUACUAAUUUUCUUCAAAUUUCAUGCGAUGCAGAACAAGCAGAUAAUUUUUCAUAUUCACUAAGAAGGAUUAAACAAAAAAUUAUGUAUUUAGCUUUUUGAUUCAUUUGAUACUUUUUAAUGUCUUCUUCAUUUCAAUCAUUUUCUUCGAGUUUAGAUGUAGUGAAACCAUCUCUAACUAUUUUUCACAAAUAAUAAUCUAUUAAAAAUAAAUAUGACUCCAUCCUCAUCUUUCAAUAGACAAAAUUUGUGCCAUCAAAAAAUGGUGGUCUAGAGGGUGAGGGUUUUUCGACUAUGACUUGGUUAGUAAAUGAGGCCAUCUAGAUCUCUUCUAAGUUGAAGUAUAAACUAAGGGUUCAACUAUUUUAGAAGCCCGCUCUAAUAUCAAUUUGUGGUCCCUUAUGGUAUGGCCACUCAAGAGGAAGGUAAAUUGAGUGAUUAAAAUUUUUUGUAAUUUUAAUAAAUAUUCUUGAUUAAUGAUUUUAUUUAAGAAUAUAUAUUUGAUAAAUAUAAUAAAUUAUGUUUGAAAUUAAUAAUAAAUGCAAGCCACAAAAUAUAACAAAAAUAAAUUAAAUGAGACAGUAGGCAAUUUUAAGUGGUUGUCCACAUUUGAACAUAAAUAAAUAAGCAAUUAAGAACAAAUUAUAUAAGGCAAUAAUAUUUAAAUAAAUAAAUAAAUUGAUGAUCUCAUAUUUGAUGAUGAAAUUCGGAGUGGAUUUGAAAAUCUUUUUCUCUUCUUGCCUUGUGACUCUUCGGUUGUUGUGCAAUAACUCUUUAAGAGCCUUGGAUUGUUUAGAUUUUAGCUUGAGAGCGUUUGAGAUCUUUUGGAUGCUUUGGAUAUGCAAUAUGUGUAAAGAAUGAUCAAAAAAAUGAGUUUGGAGGUAUUUAUAAGCAUUUAGGCACUAUUUCAAACAGUCAUUUGUCUAACCGUUAAGCUAAGGGUCGACAUUUUCAAAGGGGAAAGGUUGAGCUUUGUUUGAAUUUGCAACGGUCAAAUAUUCUAUCAUUGGGCCGAGGGUCGACCUUUGCUUGAAAAGUCGACUUUCCUGUAGCAAAUAGUAAAUUAUUGUAGCAAUGGUUAAAAAAUUAUUUAUACAUUAUAAAAUUACUUGAAAAAUAAUUUUUAUGGAAAAUAAAAUUUUUGGUGAUAAAUAUACUAUGAAAAAAAUAUUUUAUGAAUUAAUAAAAAAUAAUUCGAUACUACAAUUAGUAUAUUUGAAAAAAAUACUCUUCUUGUUAAUCACCAAAAAUACUAUAAUUUGUAUAUUAAAAAUAUCUUUUUUGUUAAUUAUCAAAACUUAAUUAAUAUGAACAAAUUAACUCAACAAUCCUCAGUUGGAAAUUUGGCAUCAAAAACAGUUACCAAUUCCGAGUACAACUUGUAAUGCAUACAUGAAAUGCAACUACUUACGGCCAUAACUACCCUCAAUGUAAUAGCCUCGGUCUAGGUACAUGACAGUAGGCCAUGCCUGUUUGUGGCUCUUUCGCAUAGCGGUGUAAAAGCAUACAAUGUUAUAGUUAAUCAAAAAUCCUCUUGAAGAUUCUCAGGUUUAACGUAACUCGUUUGCAGUCAUAUAGAAAAAUUCCCAAGUCUUCUUCCCAAAGAGUUCAAAUUCUCUUUCGAAAGUUUAGUUUUACUCUUAGAUAUAGUAGCAUAUGUAGACCAUGUCUGUUGACACCACACUCCAUGACAUAUAUGCACACUCAGAUGUCCAGUUCCCCAUAGAUCAUUGGAACAGGAGCAAAGUUAUUUGUCAAGACCAGGCUCCCUCUCCCAAAGAAACCCUAAAACCUGCAUCUGUCUAGACUUUUUUAAAAAAAUGAAACAGAUGUUUGGCUCAUGCUUUUUAAUACAGAAAGGCAUAUGGUAUCUAUAUGUAAAUCUAAAAAAGGAAAAAGAGAAAAGGUUUUGUUUGGAGCUUUAAAUCUGUUAUUUUCAAUGAGUUUCAUCUCCCUGAGUUAUGCAAUUGCUAGCACGAUAGUUUCAAUAGACAAUUUUUUAUGGUUGUUGCAUGUAUAAUACACGUACUUGUAAGAAGGAAAUAUUCUUUUUACUGCCUUGUCAUCAUGGCGUCUGAGUCCAGUGUGGUUUUCCUCUCUUUCUGCCAACUUAUCCUUAAUAUGUCAUGUGAUAUCCCCUCAUACUUGUAAAAAAGUAUCCCCAGAACAUCCAAACAGAAGAAAAUAUAUUUGGGAGAAAAUUCAAGUAUUCACCAUAUUGUUGAUUCAAAUUCUUUCAUUAAAUAUCAUAAUGGAUUUGCUUGUACAUAAUUAUAAGCUUGAGUCGUAUUUAUAAUUUAUUUGAGUUCACAGAAUCACAUAAUUAGU